AUGUUUUGGGUAAAGGACUUGCUGAUUGCAGGUGGAUGUGAGUGGGACGUCAACCUAGUUAUAGCUCUAUUUAAUGAGGAGGAUGCUCAUAAGAUUUUGCUGAUUAAGUCAUUAAAUCCCAGAGCUACUGACAUGUGGCGAAUUAAGAUCAAGUUUUUUUUUUCGGCCCAUUUGUGCCUUGACCCAAUAACUCAAGCCCAACAAGUAAUGAGACCAGAUCACUACCCGAUCGAAUUUCCCCUCCUCUCGGAUUUUCACUCCUACCCUUCAAUAGCUCAUCCGCCACCAUCGGAGACCACGACGCCCUAA